UUCUUUACAUGAUAAAUAUUGUUUAUGGUUUUUAAGUGACUUUAUUUGGCCCUGAGAAAAGUGAAAACAUUUGUUAUUUAAACCUGUAUUGAUUAAAAAUCACAACAUAAAUCAACAUAAUCGUGGUUUUGCACAAACUAAAAAGUAAACGUCACCAAAAUAGACGUCACUUUUGACCACAAAACAGUAUUUCCCGCCUCAGACCGCAGCCUGUUAAAACCUUGACUCUUGACUACAUUAAAACAUGAAGCGACAAACGGAAGUCAAAAAUAGAAAUAAAAGAGCUGCAGUGCAGUGUAAGUAUCGGCGGCCAGGGGGCGCCAAACAAAUGUAUCUGCUCUGACACGACAGGCAAAAUAAAACCACGAAGAAGAAGAAAUCUGCCGAAUAAAAACACGAAGAAGAAGAAAUCUGCCGAAUAAAAACACGAAGAAGAAGAAGAAGAAGGACGGCGAGUGACGCUUGUAACAAAGUCUUCUUUUUCAAAGUUGAAUGGCGACGAGCCGCGUGGUCAAUCUUUACUUGGACCUUCUUUCUCAGCCUUGCCGCGCCGUCCACAUCCUGGUCAAUGUCGCCGACAUCCCGCACCGCGUCCACACGGUGGCGCUCAGGAAAGGAGAACAACAGAGUGCACACUUCACCGACAUCAACCCCGUGCAGAAAGUUCCUGUCAUAGAAGUCGACGGCUUUGUGCUCACUGAGAGUGCCGCCAUCUUGAAGUACCUGUGCAGCAAGUACGAGGUUGCCGAGCACUGGUAUCCACGGCAACCAGAGAGGCGGGCCCGAGUGGAGGAGUACACGGCGUGGCAUCACACCAACACUCGAGCGCACGCCGCCAAAGUCUUCCUGCUGGAGGUCCUCAUCCCCACCCGCACCGCUUCUGGCGUGGACCAGGCGCUGUUGUCCCGCGCCUUGUCCCAGCUGGACGCCACGCUGGACCUGCUGGAGUCCAUGUUCCUGCGGAGACAGCCCUUCCUGUGCGGCGAUGACAUCACGCUGGCGGACCUGCUCGCCGCCUGCGAGCUCAUGCAGCCCGUAGGUGGCGGCAGAGACGUCUUGCAGGGACGUCCUCAGCUGCGGCGCUGGAUGACCCGGGUCCAGUCGGCGCUGGGCCACGCCUUCCACGAGGCGCACGCCGUCCUGUACGCCGUCAGAGACCGCCGCCGGGCCAAGCUGUGAGCCGCCUCCCCACGUUGCCACGACGACCAGAUGCGGACAGACAAGCGGCUCGUCAAACGCAAUGAAAAAAUAAAAGUCUUUAUUAAGAAA